AUGUCGCAUCAAGAUCCAGGUCGCGUUCUGAGCAUUCAGUCUCAUGUCUCCUUUGGCUAUGUCGGAGGAAAGGCUGCUGUAUUUCCUCUCCAGCUCCUAGGUUAUGAUGUCGAUGUGAUCAACACGGUGAACUUCUCUAAUCAUUCCGGUUAUCGUCGACUUGGAGGAAGCAAAGCGCAAGCAGAUGAUAUAACCGCUUUGCUUGAAGCUAUGGAACAAAAUGGGUUCCUACGCCCCUCUCGAUUGCUGACAGGCUACGUACCAGGAGCAGCGGCCUUGUCAGUGGUAGCAGAUUUGGCUGUCAAGCUACGCAAGCAGAAUCCAGAACUUAUCUAUCUCCUAGAUCCUGUCAUCGGGGAUGCAGGGCGGAUGUAUGUGGCACCAGACGUGAUACCUAUAUACCGAACGCUACUGCCACAUUCCACUAUCAUCACGCCUAAUUGGUUUGAAGUAGAAGUCCUGACAGACAUUAAGAUUGAGGACACUGCAUCACUUCACAACGCACUCACUAUACUACACAAGACAUACGCCGUCCCAAACGUCAUCAUCAGUUCUAUACCACUCCAACUGUGGCUCAUUGAUAUCCUUCCUGCACACAUCCACCCACUCGUCCACGAAGAUGCUCUUACACCCGAAUUCCUCCUUUGCAUCACGUCCUCUUACAAAGGCGAAGGAACCCAUACACCCUCCACCCCAAAUAUAUCCACAGUGCAUGCAGGCUAUGUACCGUUAAUUCCAGGCUACUUCUCUGGCGUCGGCGACCUGUUCUCUGCACUCGUCCUCGCUCAUUUCUCGCCCACUCCAUCCCCACCAUUCCAUUCAAAUAGUUCUUCGAAAUUCCCAACACCCCUCGCACACGCCACGUCUCUCGCACUUACGAAAACCCACGCGAUACUACAGCGCACGUACGAGUACUCCUCCUCGCUCCCGGAGGAAGAACGCCUUGAAACAGAUGAGGAACUCGACGCUCAAGAUCCAGAGAGACGCAUACGUCGAAUGAAAGGGCGAGAGUUGAGACUGAUUCAAGGGCAGGACAUCCUGAAGGGGGAUGCGUUGAAAAAUUUGAGGGCCAUGGAGGAAUGGGUCAACUUCUGGGGAUGAUUUCGUGGUCAAAUCUUACUGGGCGCCGGUCUUUUAGCAGCGGAACUUUUGGAAAAAUCAACUUGCGAACAUUGUGUCAGAAGUCAUUUACAACGUACACUGCGACGUCUACAACAGCUUUUGAAUGAGUCCCGCGCUCAGCUCGUUCUAAUAUGCUACGCUCUUCCAUAGAGCACUACAUUUC